AUGCCGGACGCUUGUGUGGCUAUGGAUGCUGCAGUGGACGUGGCGGUCAAGAGGGUCAUGGAGCACGCAGACUUCGCCAGCAAGUUCAAGCAUCCUGUCAAAUUCAAUGGCACGGACUUUGUCGAACAGCGGCUGACAACAGAGCAGCAGCUUGCCGAGGUCACUCGCAGCGCCAGCAAUCAAAUGCACGUCUUCCUCGAGCGAUAUGGGUCCUUGCUGUCUUCAGAGGAUCUUAGGGCUUUGGCCGGCUGCCCCGCGGCGGAAACUGCAGAGGCAGCGGGCGUGAAGCUCACGGGUGCGGCGAACCGCGUUGAGGGUCGCUGCGACCUUGUCCUCCUGGGCUGGACAGCCUUCAUUGUCCUGAACUUGGCCUCGGACUACUUCUGGACUCGAGGAAGCUCCGAGGCGGAGGAUGUUGCCACGGUCAGUGGCUCCGCGGGCAUGGGCACCGCAGACAUCUACAUGGGGAGUUACACCCUCGAGUCCAACGGCUCCCUACUGGAGGAAGGGACCGUGCGCAUGGGCUUCGGCUCCCAACCAUCACCCCUGAUGUCUGUCCAUGCCAACUCCAUCUCGCUGUCGCUGAUGCCCAAGGACCUGCAGCGUGGCUUCGGACCCUUGCAGUCCCAGCUGCUCUUCGCGGGCUUGGAGCUGGGUGGAGCUGGCAGGGCCAUUGCUAUCGGCAACACGGACCCCAGGACUUUCCGGCACUUCGGCGCGAGGUCUUGUGUGGUGCAAGCUUACCUUGACACCGGCUUCGAGGUGGCGUACCCCGAACAUCUGGGAGAGCACCCUUCCGCGUCCAGAAUCUCUGGCGAGGUUGUUGGCGAGAGCUGUGGCUUUCGUCUACGCUUCGUCAGCAAGGUCGUAGACAGGGAAUUUCUCUCCAACAAGGUGGUUCACUACUCAAUGUGGGUGAACCUGCUCUGUGUCUGGCAGAUCAGGUGCUUCAUGAGUCAGAUGAAUGAAGCCGAUGAUGGUCCAGCAGUUGCCAAGGUGUCCAUGCUUUGCAUUGCCAUGCAGGCUCUCACCGACGCCUACGACUCCUUCCUCCAUCUUUGUCUCGGCCUCUCAUCACAGGUACAUCGUGUGGCUGCGCAUCUCCGCUGCGGUGUCGAGGUGUCCACUUCCAGCACGCCGCCUACACAACAGUACCUCUUCAACUCGAUGUCCAUGAUCGCUCUCUUCAAAUUCCUGCUGUGCUCCUUCCUGGAAGCUCGGUACCUCUUGAUCAUCUUGCGACACCGACGUCAUGAGGCCUUCGCCGAGGGAUGGGAAGCAGUGCGGCGAGAAAUUUCGUGGUUGUACACGCGGUUCUAUGGUGCUUUGGUGCUAGGGCUGAUCAUCAUUUACAACUGUCUUCCCUUCCUCGAUCUGGUGGUUCUUCUCCUGCAGUUCUACUGGGUGCCGCAAAUCGCCUGGGAUGCCUGGCAGGGCACAAGGGCCGCGCUGAAAGCAAGCUUCAUCUCGGGUAUUUCAACAUCCAGGUUGCUGCUUCCUCUCUACUUAUGGGGCUGCCCGAAGUCGAUCUUCAGCGGGGAGAUUUAUCCGCGGCUUCCAGGGGCUCCAAGCCUUCGGUGGUGCCUCCUCCUGGUCGGGCUGCAAGCCAUCCAAGUCGGGGUCUUGUUUCUCCAGCGCCGGCUUGGAGCCCGAUGGUUCAUCCCAUGGGUUUGCAUGCCGUGGGCGUACAACUACAACCGAUUUGCUGCAAUUGAUCCGGGAUCCGAGUGUGUCAUCUGCAUGGCAGAUCUCAACCCGGAGGCUGGCCAGCACCAUGUUGUGACGCCGUGCAACCACACCUUCCACCGAGCAUGCCUCGAACAGUGGAUGGAUGUAAAGAUGGAGUGCCCGACAUGUCGAGCGACCCUCCCACCGAUACAGUGA